GUUAGAAAAGACUAAUUCAAAAAAAAAUGACUCGGGCCCGGUUCGGGUCGGUACUGGGCCUUCAGCGGGUAUUCAAAAAAAUAAGUUCAGCCCAAAUCCCCAGUCCCUCCCAAUCCUGGCCUGGGGCCCGGCCUCACCCGGACCUGGUCCAUGCCUAUUUACAAUGUACCAAAAAAGGAUGAGUCAUGAAAGGCCUAAUGGGUAUUUACUAGAGUACCGUCCUUUAACUUGCAUUUUUCAAGAAAUUUAUUUUUGUCAGAUUAGUUUAAAAAGGAAAAAAAAUUAAAAUACCUCAAACUUUGAAGGGAUGUGAUGGAUAGUGUACCCGGGGGGUAACUUAUCCGAGGGGUUAUUACGGGGAAUAACUAGAGAGAAGUCAGAGCAAGUAAGUGUAGAGUUGUGGGUAGUUUGCUGUUUGUUUAUUCUGCCGAGGGCAGUCCCUCAGUUACCCACAUGUCGGGACUUGAGGGGUCAUGUUUGUGAUUUUUGUGAUUUUUCCCGAGGGGGUCCUCCAGUCCCCCACUCCUUGAGGCACUUGCAAAGUGGUGAAAAGGAGUAGAGUAACUAUGUUGCCAUUUUGGGCCGAAGGCUGACGCUUUUCGUUUCAUUUUGGGGGAUGCCUCGUUAAAAACCUCAUUAGGAAAAACCCUGUGGGAAAAAAUCCUAAUGAGGGAAAAAGAGUGCACCGAAUUCCCCCAACGAUGAAUCGAAAAUGUGAAGCCCUGGUUCGAAUGGAGAGUAAUGCUGAUGCCGAAGGCUUGCUUUUUAUAUCCUGGGAGGUGCCGAAAGGGAGUCCCUCAAUCUGGGGAUCGAGGACGUAAUGAAUGAGAGUAGUAGUUGAAGUGUUACCGGGGUGCCCCUGUUUGUUGAUUAGUUGGUGAGGAGGAUAUCCGAGGGCUCCUGUAACCUGUGUGCCGUAGGCUGCCCGUCAAUGAGGCGCAUUCCCCGGGGGCUACCCUGCCCUCAAAGUGCUGAGGGGGGAUCCCCGAGGGGUGGCCUGUUAUGAAGCCGUGGGUUUCUGAAGGAGUGAGCCCGAAGGCAUUUGUUAUGUAGUGUGUGGGGCAUAAACCGGGAGCGUCUCUGGGUAAGUGUACCCGGGGGCUCUCGUUGAUGAAGUGGAGUGAAGUAAAAAGCCCGGGGGCUAGUUCUUUGGUCGAUGAAGGAAUGGUCUGUCAAGUGUAGCCGAGAGCUCCCAGAAUAUAGCCGUUGGAGAUAUAGCCGUUGGAAUAUCUAACGUCAGAAUAUAGCCGUUGGGGGAUGCUGCCACGUGGUGUGCGCUCGUUGGCUUCCCGUGGGCGGGUGUCUCCGAUUGGGCGAAACUACGGUUUGUAAUGAUGGCAGUCCAACCGGAGGCCCGGUUUCCAGGCCCAAGCCCGGAUCCGAGCGCCUAUAAAUAUCCCAUGGCCGGCCUCACUUCCCUUGUGCGUUUUAUCCGUUAGCGUAGCUCUGCCAAAAUUCCUAGAGAGAGAAACAUCUGCCUUCGAUCAAUCGCUCUUCCGAGGUCAGUUCUCUGCCCAUCUGCUGUAGCAUUAGUAGGUCGUAGUCGUGUGGCCUUAGGUUAAGUGCUUAACAGCCUUAGGAAAACUCCUGUCCUAGAAACCCCUCAUCCCUUCAGCUGUUGAGGAUGUCUUCACAAAGCGACUCUGAGGAUAUCUCGAGGCCGCCCUCGAUGGAGGAGGAGAUCAUCUCGGACGUGGAGUCCUCGAGCGCACGCACUUCGGUCAACCGGGACUCUGUGGUAGCUGAAGAGGUGCAAGCGAGCCUUCGGCUAGAACUGGAAGCGGAGGAGUUCGAGCAAGUGUGCGAGGACGAGGAGCUGGCGCUUGCCUUUCAAGUGGCUGAGGAUGAGGCACAAAAAGAAAGCAUGGUGGUUACCGUCGCCGUCCCUCCCCCUCGGAAUGCAGAGGCCAGAAGCUCUCAGCCUCUGAACCCGACGCCUAUCAGUGUUGCCCUCGGGAAGAAGAGAAAGGUGAAGGCUGCCGGGAAGAAGAAACAGGCUGCCGUUGACGCUGGGCAACCAGUAGGAAUUCCCGAAGGCUAUUCCUACCUGAACACUGCCGCUUUGGAUGUGAAGACCCGAGCCACACGGGGAGAAUACAUGGCGACGCAACUCCUGGUAGGGCCGUCGGCAUUGGUAGUGGAUCCGGGGCCAGAUGACGUUUUGCUAUACACCCCCGCCGGUUGUUUCGCCGUGCAUCUACUCUCGGUGGAGUUGGGUCUCCGGUCCCCCCUCCAUCCCUUCGUGGUGGAGUACCUCCGGUACGUCAAGCUAGCCCCCUGCCAACUAACCCCGAACAACCACUCCUACCUGGCUGGCUUCCUCUCCCUCUGCCGGAGCCGGGAUGUGGAGCCCUUGCUGGACCAAUUUUUCCUCUCCUUCAAUCUGUGUCGAGGGGGGGGGGGGGGCACUCGAACGCCGGUGGCUUUGCCAACCUACAGCAGCUCCCAGAGUUCAGACUCUUCGAUGAUGUCCCUUCGUCCCACAAGGGAUGGAAAGAUAGGUUCUGCUACAUUCGGAUGGCCGAGAAUUCCUUCCCGGCCCCCCUUCGCGACAGCUUCCGCAGGCAUGUCAAGGUAGGAAACGCUGCCUUGGAGAAAAAAGGAAAGAAGCUCUCCAAGAAGCCCGAGGGGUCCAACAAGCAUACCAAGAUCAGGGAUGCUACUCUCCCAGACGAUCUUUAAGAUUUGGGCUUUCGGCGUUAUCGGCUGAUGGGGGAAAGCGAUGAGAGAUAUCCCCCCGUCGAUAGGGUUUAUCAAAGCGCCGGAGGUAGUUGACUUGCCGAGGGCUCCCGUUCUAUACUUAGAAUAUAUUUUUCCCUUCCUUUUUUUUGAUUUCCUUUUUGAUAUUAUUUUCCUAACUCCCCUGCAUUUCCUUUGUUUUUCAGGACCAGACAUGGACGCCCGGAACCUCUCUAAGUUGAAGAAGCAGCUGGCGAAAGAGACCAAGAAGAAAGACCCCUCGGUGCAUUAGAGGGGGUUGGACGAGAUCUACCCGAGGGCGGGUGCAAAUGAAGGGGCCCUGGAAAACGUGCCCAAGAAAAAAAUUGUCGCCGGCGACGACGCUGGUUCCAACGCCGAGGGCUCCCCUGCUGAGGCCCUGAAGAGGAAAAGAGUCAGGAAGGCCGUGGUGCCCCCGGAGGGAAAUAAGCAGAAGAAGGGGGGGCCCGACACGAAAGGGGCCCCGGUUGUCAUUGUGGAGGAACAUUCCUCCAACAAGCCUCCGGCCCAAGCCCCCGGGCUGGUAUGGCCCCAAGACAAUGUGCAGUUCUCCAUCACUAAGGGGACUGCCAUUAUGCACGCUACGCUGAACCCGAGGGAGUUAAUGAGGGGGGCCACCCCCCCGACGGAUAAAUCCGUGCUCUCUCGGCAAACUGACGACGCCCUCUGCUCCAAGGUCCUUCAGGCUUCGGUUACUCAAGCCUCGGCCUUGGUGAACUCAUUCAACGGAUGGAGCGCUAUGCCCUUCAAAAGCAGAAGGAUGACGAGUCCUUGGCUGCGGCCCAAAGGCGGCUCCGGGAGGCAGAGGAGGCUUCCAGGGUGGAGAGGGCGGCCUUCGAGAAACUCCUCGAGAAUGCCAAGGUGCAGGCGAAAGCCGAGGGGAGGGCCGAAGCGGAGAAGGCAGCUGCUGAGGCCGCCAAGAAGGCUGCCGAAGAUGCUGAGACUGCCAAGAAGGAGGCAGCGGGGGAAGCGGUGGCAGCCUUCAUCGCCGAGGGGUGGAAAGCUGAGGCCCAGAGAGCGUGGGUGGCUACGGUUGUCGAGUCCUCCGUGGAGGAAUGGGUGAAAGGCCCCGGGGCAAUGUGGCUGGCCCAGAAGGGGAAGGAAUACUAUGAUGGGGGCGAGUACUUCACUCAAGCCCUUAUCUACCGGAGGCUGGCCAGGCACCUAGGGGCAGACCCAUCGGCGUUUGACCCCGCGGCUUAUGGGCUCCCCCCUCUUCAACCGGACACCAGGGUUCUCCUUCUCGAGGGCACCAGCAGGCCAGAUCUUGAGGACACUGUCCUGAUGGCUGAAUGCAGCGAUGAAGAAGAAGAUGCCGAGGGGGACGCUACGUCGAAGCCUGCAAACGGAGGCGAUGCUGCUGCUGCUGAUGAUGUAGUUAUCGUGUAAUACUUAGGAAUUUUUUUGAACAAUCUUGUCGUAGCUAUCACUUGUAUGCUCUCGGCUUCGGCCACUCUGUAAUGUACAUUUGAAUUUCCUUUCUCUCAGAUGAAUGAAUGUUUGCCUUCGGGCUUUUGGUA